CAGGUAUAGAAAAUGCAGAGCAGAGAGCAAGGGCUGUGCUGAGGAUCAGGGACUAGAAGGGAACCCAGGAAGACCAGACUGCCCUUUCCAGAUCGUCUUCCCUCCUAGAUUAUCAUCUCUUCCUAAGUGGAUCUCAGAUCUCCACGCCUCACUUCUGUCCUCACUUGAAUCUGGAUUCCUCUUUUAAAUCAUCCCAUAGGGAGCUGCCCCCUGAGGACAGCAACCUCUCCCCAGGGAAGGAGUGACAUACCAGGAGGGCCACUGACAUCUGAUUACAGUCACUCUUCUGGAGCAGGAUUUAAGGAAUAUUAAGAUAAGGGAUGCAAAGGACCCAGCACAGACAGAUUCACAGAGGACCUUCUUGCUGUGUGGUUAAAGUUGGAGGGAGGAAGAACCAGAGGAACGACUUCCUCAGGGAUCCUGACAAGACCAGAGACUUCACCAAGAGUGCUCAGAGCUGUACAGAGGGCUUCACACCAAUCUUGUCAUGAAACCAUCACACAAAUCCUGGGAGGUUGCUCCACUGCUAACCAACAUGGCAGAGGCCCCCGUGUCCUAUUGCACUCCGUUGUCUACAUCCUUCCCCUCUACUGCGUCAUACCACACGGGCUGGAGUAUUUUACCUGAGGAGGUCAUCAGGAAUAUUGAGAGGGCCUUGCAAAACGGAAAGUUGCUGGAAGUGAUCCCUGUGACCAGGGCAGUCAUGGAGAGAGUGUCCAGGACCCCAGUGAGCAUCGCAGUGACUGGGGAUUCAGGCAAUGGUAUGUCAUCCUUCGUCAAUGCGCUUCGAGACAUUGGUCAUGAGGAGGAGACCUCGGCUCCCACUGGGGUGGUGAGGACCACCCAGACCCGAGCCUGCUACUCUUCCUCCCUCUUUCCCAACGUGGUGCUGUGGGAUCUGCCUGGCAUGGGGGCCACCACCCAAAGCUUUGAGAACUAUCUGGAUGAGAUGCAGUUCAGCCAGUAUGACCUCUUCAUCAUCAUUGCAUCUGAGCAGUUCAGCAUGAAUCAUGUGAAGCUUGCUAAAACCCUUAAGGGGAUGGGAAAGAGGUUCUAUGUAGUCUGGACUAAGCUAGACAGGGACCUCAGCACAAGUGUCCUCUCACACACCCAGACCCGGAAGAAUAUCCGAGAGAAUGUCCAGGAAAAUCUCCAGUGGGAGGGCUUGCGUGACCCUUCUUUAUUUCUGGUAUCUAACCUUGACCCUUUAUUGCAUGACUUCCCUAAGCUUAGGGACACACUGCAAAAAGACCUCUCCAACAUCAGGUACCAUGCUCCCUUAGAGGCCCUUUCCCAGAUCUGUGAGAAUAUUGUCAAUGAUAAAGUGACUGACCUGAAAGAGAGAAUAGCCAAAGAGCAUUUUCAGGAUUUUCUUGACAUCAGGGAUGUUGAUGACUUGAGGGAGGUUCUGGAAGCCUACCGAUUGUGCUUUGGUAUAGAUGAUCAGUCACUUCAUCAGGUAGCUCAUUGUAUGGGGAAAAUGGCAAUAGAAUACAGGGCCAUCACAAAGUCCCAGGAUUUGCGCAGUCUCUGUAGCAGGGAUGGAAACUAAAAGUCAUGACUUGCUUAGUCAUGACAAUAAUCCCAGACUUCGUAGUUGUGCCUCAUGCUUGUGUCGCCCAAUCACCUGCUGCCUCAGAUACAUGAGUCGCCCAGUCAUCCGCUGCAUCAGACGCAUGACACAAGACGCAUCCUUAGUUAAUUGCUGAGGACACCAAGACCGUACUGAAGAAAAUUUGGAAGACUCCACUAUACCUGCCUGAAAUCUAACGUUUCAAUAGUCUGGUAUGCUUAUUCUCAAUGUGAAAGUCAAGCUGCCUCGAGAUCCUCUUCUCAUUUGGGUCCCUAUUUCCCCCACUAGAAAUCAAAACAUAUAAUUUAACACUUUCUAUUUCUAAGGAUUACAAAUUCUUUGAAAGGAGUUAAGGAAAUUGCUCAUCUUUCUACUGUUCCUUUGAGGAACAAGUGUGUGUUGAAAUCAUUUAACCAAGCUUCCUGGGUUUAGUAUGUAGAAAUUUUGCUUUAAGUUGUCAAUUGUGAUGUAAUCCUAAAGUAUUAAAGUUAAUUCCUCUUCUGUAAAGCCUUUUUAUUCUCUUUCUCCUUCCUUUCCCUAAACACCCCUGCUGGUGACUCAGCUGGUGUAAAAGGGCACUUGCUCACAAGUUUGGAGAGUGUGAUGGCAACUGUUCUGUGAAUCUAACAGGGUGUUCAGGUCAGGACUCCAGGCAGUACUCCUGCCACAAGGUGCUUUUCCUUCACACAUUCUUCACCAGGUGCCAAUCGGUCUCUUAAAAAGAAAUGCAGGUUUAUAUGAGUCAGGGUUCUGGCAAGAAACAGAUGGCAUCGUCAAACUGGAUCAUUUGAGGAGGAUUUGCAAAGCAUAUGUCUUUGAAAUGUGUGAGCAGGAUGCAAAGAUAUCACCAAGAGAAAACACUGACUCUCAAGCAAGCACAGUGAAGAAUGCCAGCAUCCCCAGUCCUGGAAGGGCAAUGUUUUACUCUAUUUGCUGUGCUGUAA